AUGGCGGGCUGUGGCUGCAGAGGCAGCAGCAACUACAGCGUCCCCCGGGGAGAGGGGCGACGGCGAGGCCGAGCAGAGAUGGAGCCCAUCCCUGGUAGCGAGGCCGGUACUGACACCCUCCCGGUCACAGCCACUGAAGCAUCUGUGCCGGUGGGCGAGGCCAACGGGACAGCCAUCCGCUUCUCAGCCCUGGCUCCCGAGGAGCGCCAGGAGCCGCCGCUGCCCAGCCCGCAGCUCAUCCCCGGCUCAGAGGUGCAGGUCACGCUGGACCACAUCACUGAGGACGCACUCGUCGUGUCGUUCCGCCUUGGGGAGAAGCUCUUCCCCAGGGUCCUCAUGGAUCUGUCCAAAAGGUUUGGGCCCCACGGGAUCCCUGUGACAGUAUUUACCAAAAGGGAAUAUAAGGAUAACCCUGAAGCCAUGCAGCUCCAAAGUAAUACAUUCCGAGAAGGGACAGAAGUCAAGUGUGAAGUGAAUGGUGCUGUUCCCGACAACCCUUCUCCUGUCCCGCCACCUGAGCCGAGCUUGGCUGAAAGCCUGCGGACUUCCAAACCACCACCACUCUUCCACGAAGGAGCACCUUACCCGCCCCCUUUGUUUAUCAGGGACACAUAUAACCAAUCAAUACCUCAGCCUCCUGGGAAAAUUAAGCGACCCAAACGAAAAAUGUACAGGGAAAAACCUACUUCAAUAAUGAAUGCUAUUAAACUACGACCCAGGCAAGUCCUAUGUGACAAAUGUAAAAACAGUGUUGUUGCUGAAAAAAAGGAAAUUAGAAAAGGUAGUAGUGCAAGUGACUCUUCUAAAUAUGAAGAUAGAAAAUGGAGAAAUGAAAGUGUAACUACUGUGAACAAAAUGAAAGCUGACCAUAAAGUGGAUGGGGAAAAACAAAAUGAAAGCCAGAAAAGAAAUGCUGUGGUUAAGGUUUCAAAUAUUGCUCACAGCAGAGGUAGAGUAGUCAAAGUUCCUGCUCAGGCGAAGACAUCAAAAGUUCAGUUAAAUACUAAAAAAGUGCUCCAGAGUAAGAACAUGGAUCAUGCAAAAGCUCGGGAAGUGUUGAAAAUUGCCAAAGAAAAGGCACAAAAGAAGCAAAGUGAAACCUCUGCAUCCAGAAAUGCACAUUCAAAAGUCCACUUCACACGUCGAUAUCAGAAUCCUAGCUCAGGUUCCCUUCCACCCCGGGUUCGUUUAAAACCACAAAGGUACAGGAAUGAAGAAAAUGACUCUUCUCUGAAGACGGGACUUGAGAAAAUGCGGAGUGGCAAGCUGGCACCCAAGCCCCAGUCUCGUUGCACCUCUACCCGCUCAGCAGGUGAGGCCCCUUCAGAAAAUCAGAGUCCCUCAAAAGGCCCUGAAGAGGCCAACAGUGAGGUUCAGGACACAAAUGAAGUGCUUGUACCUGGUGAGCAGGAACCACAGACACUGGGCAAAAAGGGCAGCAAAAGCAAUAUCUCUGUUUACAUGACCCUAAAUCAAAAGAAAUCUGACUCUUCCAGUGCAUCAGUGUGUAGCAUUGAUAGCACAGAUGAUUUGAAAUCCUCCAACUCUGAGUGUAGUUCUUCUGAAAGCUUUGAUUUUCCUCCAGGCAGUAUGCAUGCACCUUCCACCUCCUCCACAUCCUCUUCUUCAAAGGAAGAGAAAAAGCUCAGUAAUUCCUUGAAAAUGAAAGUCUUUUCCAAAAACGUCUCUAAAUGCGUCACACCAGAUGGCAGGACCAUAUGUGCAGGGGACAUUGUUUGGGCCAAGAUAUAUGGCUUCCCUUGGUGGCCAGCCCGUAUUCUUACUAUAACUGUGAGUCGGAAAGAUAACGGCCUCUUAGUUCGACAGGAGGCCCGUAUUUCAUGGUUCGGGUCUCCAACAACAUCUUUCCUUGCUCUAUCGCAACUGUCCCCCUUUUUAGAAAACUUCCAGUCACGCUUUAAUAAGAAGAGAAAGGGCCUGUAUCGCAAGGCUAUCACAGAGGCAGCUAAGGCUGCCAAGCAGCUGACCCCGGAAGUACGGGCUCUGUUGACACAAUUUGAAACGUGAACACGGACAGUAAGGUAGGCAAGAACCAUUGAAAGGUACCACAGAUUUUUCUAGUCUAGUUAGGAGGAACUUCUGCAAAAUAGCCUGGCCAAAUUGGAGAGAGAAAUUGAACUCAAUCGGCUGCUUUUUUUU